CACACAUCUUACGGAUAUCAUUUGUAUUAUUGUACUACUUAUAUGUCAUUUGUAUGUAACUAUGCACUAGAUUAGUCUUUUAUGUAGUUGGGCUACCGGGCCCAUAUUAGUGGCCCGGCCCGUUAUUCCUCUAUUUAUACUCCUUUUGGAGCUUGUAAACCCUAGAUCUCAAUUCAUUAUCAUUCUAUUAUUCAUCUUCUCCACAAUACUUGAGCUCAAAUCUCUACAUUUUAUACAUACUUGGAUCCUAAGAAUCCAUCAAUGGUGUUCUCGUUGAGAGAUUAGAGCACAAUCAAGUGAGAAACCCUCCCAAAAAUAUCAAAAACUUCAUCCAAAAUACGAGAACUCAGUCAAAAACGGAGCUGGAAAUGUCAAGAACAAAAAAGAUCAAUCUGAAAAAAUCUAGAUCCAGGUGACAAAAGUCGCUGCAGAGGUCGUCGGACGCCGCCACGGCAGAAAAUUGCCGCUGGAACUCACCGACCUGUUCACUGAUCUCGCCGGCCUUGGAGUUGACACCGGACGCAGUUUGCUGAAGCUUGCCGCUGCUCCAGUAGGAGCAGAUCUUGAAGUCUCCUGAGCCGGAGCUAUCAUCGCAGUCUUCGAAGCCGCCCUGCAAGCAAACGCCUGCGGAUGCCCCAGAUCUCGCCACCAACGUCGAAGCAUCGCCGCCCAGAUCUCACCGGCACUGCUCCAGGAUGCGCCGUUGCUCCGGAUCUGAUUUCCCAAGGGCGGUCCACCAUUAAUGGCCGUUUGGGAGCUCCUGGAAGGGAUGUUCGACCUCGCGUUCAGGAUUCUCCACCUUCUCCCGUUACAACCAACGCUUGAAGCUUGCUUCUUCGCCGGUGCUGCCAGUCGCAGCUCCGCGAUCGUCUGGUGAGCCCUCCAUUAAUGGCCACAGCAAUUUCCCUGUUCAAAGCUUCCACUCCAGAUCUCGCCGGAGACAGGGCAACGUCGAACGGAGCAGCAGCAGUUCCGACGAGUCUUUUCCACUCUCCGGCGACGCCCAGGGACGAGAAUCUAUGAUGAUUUCACGCACCCUCACUCCUCUGACAGUGACCGAAGACCCACCGCAAAAAUGGCCGGCAGAAUGCCCUGCGACCAGCGGCAGAGGUAUCUCCUCCUCCAUUUCUCCUAUCUCAUUCGCAGAAGCCAAAGGGAUUUGAUGAAUGGGCCCUAAGUUGACCCAGUCAACUGUUGAAGAUGCUUGGAAACUUUCAGCCAAGAUGGCAGCAGUAGUAAAUCGGUGAUGGGCCACAAUUUCUUCAUCAGCCCACAGUUCAGCCCAUUUCACAGCUAAGUGCCCAAUACUCUUAUAUAUACUCUUAAAAUAUUUAUUAAAUGAUAGUAGUAUAAUUAUUACUAUUAUUAAUUAUAUUAUUUCCACCACCAUUAUGGCGGGUUAAAAACCCCCCGAGGUGGUGAAGACCAUUAUGAGGGAUUAAAAUUUCCCGAGGUCGCUAAUGAAAAUUUAUUAUUGGCGUUAUUAUUUUCACCAUCGCCUCGUCAUCAUUUAUUUGGACCGACUCCUCAUCGUAGUUGUCCUCACAUCACGACCGGCCCCUCGGCCUCGGCGUGAUCAUCUAUCUCAAGACCGGCUUCCUCAGCGCCGUGAGUCUUGAGCUAGCGAUCGGGCUCGCCAUCCCUUCCCGGAUGGUGACCAUCGCCUUUAUAUGACGAUCGGCUUCAUCAGCGCCUCGUCAUCAUAUUAUAGGACCGGCUCCUCAUCGCCGUUGUCCUCACAUCACGGCCGGCCCCUCGGCCUCGGCGUGAUCAUCUAUCUCAAGACCGGCCUCCUCAGUGUCGCGAGUCUUGAGCUAGCGAUCGGGCUCGUCAUCCCUUCCCGGAUGGUGACCAUCGCCUCUAUAUGACGAUCGGCUUCAUCAGCGCCUCGUCAUCAUAUUAUAGGAACGGCUCCUCAUCGCCGUUGUCCUCACAUCACGGCCGGCCCCUCGGCCUCGGCGUGAUCAUCUAUCUCAAGACCGGCUUCCUCAGCGCCGCGAGUCUUGAGCCAGCGAUCGGGCUCGCCAUCCCUUCCCGGAUGGUGACCAUCGCCUUUAUAUGACGAUCGGCUUCACCAUCGCCUCAUCAUCAUUUAUUUGGACCGACUCCUCAUCGUCGUUGUCCUCACAUCACGACCGGCCCCUCGGCCUCGGCGUGAUCAUCUAUCUCAAGACCGGCUUCCUCAGCGCCGUGAGUCUUGAGCUAGCGAUCGGGCUCGCCAUCCCUUCCCGGAUGGUGACCAUCGCCUUUAUAUGACGAUCGGCUUCAUCAGCGCCUCGUCAUCAUAUUAUAGGACCGGCUCCUCAUCGCCGUUGUCCUCACAUCAUGGCCGGCCCCUCGGCCUCGGCGUGAUCAUCUAUCUCAAGACCGGCUUCCUCAGCGCCGCGAGUCUUGAGCUAGCGAUCGGGCUCGCCAUCCCUUCCCGGAUGGUGACCAUCGCCUUUAUAUGACGAUCGGCUUCAUCAGCGCCUCGUCAUCAUAUUAUAGGACCGGCUCCUCAUCGCCGUUGUCCUCACAUCACGGUCGGCCCCUCGGCCUCGGCGUGAUCAUCUAUCUCAAGACCGGUUUCCUCAGCGCCGCGAGUCUUGAGCCAGCGAUCGGGCUCGCCAUCCCUUCCCGGAUGGUGACCAUCGCCUUUAUAUGACGAUCGGCUUCACCAUCGCCUCGUCAUCAUUUUUUUGACCGACUCCUCGUCGUCGUUGUCCUCACAUCACGACCGGCCCCUCGGCCUCGGCGUGAUCAUCUAUCUCAAGACCGGCUUCCUCAACGCCGAGAGUCUUGAGCUGGCGAUCGGGCUCAUCAUCUCUUCCCGGAUGGUGACCAUCGCCUCUAUAUGAUGAUCGGCUUCACCAUCGCCUCGUCAUCAUUAUUUGGACCGACUCCUCAUCGUCGGCGUCCUCAUAUCACGAUCGACCCCCUCGGCCUCGAUGUGAUUAUUUAUCUCGAGACCGGUGUUAGUCAUCCCUUCCCGGAUGGCGACCGUUGCAUGGAUCUUCGGACCGGCCCCUCAGUGCCUUCGUCCUCAUAUCAUGACCGGCCCCCUCGGCCUCGACGUGAUUAUUUAUCUCGAGACCGGUCUUAGUCAUUCCUUUACCGAGUGACGACCGUUGCAUGGAUUUUUGGACCGGCCCCUCAUCGCCGUCGUCCUCACAUCAUGCCCGGCCCCUCGGUCUCGGCGUGAUUAUCUAUCUCAAGACCGGCUUCCUCAGCGCCGAGAGUCUUGAGCUGGCGAUCGGGCUCACCAUCCCUUCCUGGAUGGUGACCGUUGCCUCUAUAUGACGAUUGGCCCAUCAUGGCCUCGUCAUCAUUUAUUGGAACGGCUCAUCAUCGCCGUCAUGCUCACAUCGCGGCAGACCCCUCGGUCUCAACGCGAUCUUGAGCUAGCGACUGGGCUCACCAUCCCUUCCUGGAUGGUGACCAUCGCCUCUAUAUGACGGCCGGCUCAUCAUUGCCCCGUCAUCAUAUUUCGGAUUGGCUCUUUUCAUCGCCAUCCGCGCAUCACGACCGACCCCUCGGCCUCGGCGUGACUAUCUAUCUACAGACCGGCUUUCUCAGCGCCGAGGGUCUUGAGCUAGCGAUCGGGCUCGCCAUCCCUUCCUGGAUGGUGACCAUCGCCCUUAUAUGACGAUUGGCUUCAUUCUUGCCUCGUCAUCAUAUUAUCGGAUCGGCUCAUCAUCUCCGUCCGCACAUCACGAUCGGCCCCUCGGCCUCGGCGUGAUUAUCUAUCCCCAAGACCGGUCUUAGUCAUUCCUUCAUCGGAUGGCGACCGCUGCUUGGACUUUUGGAUCAGCCUCAUAGUGCUGACGACCCCGCAUCACGAUCGGCCCCUCGGCCACGACGUCACACCCUAUCCCAACACCGGCUUCAUCAGCGCCGAGUGUGUUGGGCUAGCGAUCAGGCUCGCCAUCCCCUCCUGGAUGGUGACUAUCGCCUCUAUAUGACGAUCGGCUCCAUCAUCGCCUCGUCAUCAUAUUUCGGACUGGCUCCUCAUCAUUGUCAUCCGCACAUCGCGAUCAGCCUCUCGGGCGCGACGUGAUUAUUUCUCUCAAGACCGGCUCCCAGCGCCGAAGUCUUGUUAUAGCGAUUGGGCUCGCCAUCCCUUCCCGGACGGCGACCGUCGCCCCUAUAUGACGCACGGCUCAUCAUCGCCUCAUCCUCACAUUUAGACCGGCCCCAGCGCCGAAGUCCUUAUCUAGCGACCAGGCUCGCCAUUCCCUUCCUGGAUGGUGACUGUCGCCUUCAUAUGACGCAUGACUUAUCAUCGCCUCGUCCCCAUAUUCGGACCGGCUCACCAGCGCCAUCGUCCCCAUAUUCGGACCGGUUCGUCAGCGCCGUCGUCCUCAUAUUCGGACUGACUCAUCAGCGUCGUCGUCCUCAUAUUCAGACAGGCGUCCACCGCCUCGUCCCCCUAUUCAGAUAUAGCGAACAUCUUGCGGUCUCCGGCCGAAAGGCUAAAGGAGCCCAGAGUUCAGCCAUAUAUCGCUCCGUCAUCUUUAUUUGAUGACGCGAAGCUCAUUUGUAGGCCCAUCGGCCAUAUAUCGCUCUGUCAUCUUUAUUUGAUGAUGAAGAGCUCAUUUGUAGGCCCAUCGGCCAUAUAUCGCUCUGUCAUCUUUAUUUGAUGAUGAAGAGCUCAUUUGUAGGCCCAUCGGCCAUAUAUCGCUCUGUCAUCUUUAUUUAAUGACGAAGAGCUCAUCUACAGGACCAUCGGCCAUAUAUCGUUCUGUCAUCUUUAUUUGAUGACGAGGAACUCAUUUGUAGGCCUCUGAGCCACAUCUUGUUGCGUCAUCUUUAUUUGAUGACGCGAAGCUCAGUUGCAGGCCCAUCGGGCAUAUAUCGCCUCGUCAUCUUUAUUUGAUGACGCGAAGCUCAUUUACAGGCCCAUCGGCCAUAUCUCGCUCCGUCAUCUUUAUUUGAUGACAUGGCGCUCUCAUAUAGGCCUCUCUCGGCCAUACAUCACCCCGUCAUCUUUAUUUGAUGAUGUGGGGCUCUCAUGUAGGCCUCUCGGCCAUCCAUCGCUCCAUCGUCUUUAUUUGACGACGCGGAGCUCUUAUGCAGGCCCCUCGGCCGCACCAUCGCCCCGUCGUCUUUAUUUGACGACGUGGAGCUCUUAUGCAGGCCUCUGAGCCAUACAUCACCCCGUCGUCUUUAUUUGACGACGUGGAGCUCUUAUGCAGGCCUCUGAGCCAGACAUCACCCCGUCGUCUUUAUUUGACGACGGGGAGCUCUUAUGAAGGCCCCUCGGCCGCACCAUCGCCUCUUCGUCUUUAUUUGACGACGUGGAGCUCUUAUGCAGGCCCCUCGGCUGCACCAUCGCCCCGUCGUCUUUAUUUGACGACGUGGAGCUCUUAUGUAGGCCCCUCGGCCGCACCAUCGCCCCGUCGUCUUUAUUUGAUGACGUGGAGCUCUUAUGCAGGCCCCUCGGCCGCACCAUCGCCCCGUCGUCUUUAUUUGACGACGUGGAGCUCUUAUGCAGGCCCCUCGGCCGCACCAUCGCCCCGUCGUCUUUAUUUGACGACGUGGAGCUCUUAUGCAGGCCCCUCGGCCGCACCAUCGCCCCGUCGUCUUUAUUUGACGACGUGGAGCUCUUAUGCAGGCCCCUCGGCCGCACCAUCGCCCCGUCGUCUUUAUUUGACGACGUGGAGCUCUUAUGCAGGCCCCUCGGUCGCACCAUCGCCCCGUCGUCUUUAUUUGACGACGUGGAGCUCUUAUGCAGGCCCCUCGGCCGCACCAUCGCCUCGUCGUUUUUAUUUGACAACGUGGAGCUCUCGUACAGGCCUCUCGGCCCAUCGGCCUUACGUUCUGGUCAUCUUUAUUUGAUGAACCAGACAUCAUAUUGUGGACGGUCGCUCGACCCAUCCCUUAGUCAUCUUUAUUUGAUGACUAGGACUACUGAUCAUGAUGAGCUACCCACAUCUGAAGAUUGGCCUCGACCAUCCAGCAGACGGGCACCGCUACAGCUCCAUCUCCAGGCCGAAGGGCUCGCACCUUUUGUUUCAUUUUGGGGGCAUCCGGUGUACUCUUUUUCCCUCAUUAUGAUUUUUUCCCACAGGGUUUUUCCUAAUGAGGUUUUUAACGAGGCAUCUCCCCAUCGUGGAUCAAAAGGUGUCAACCCUCGGCCCCCUGUUGAAGACAUCAUCCGACACGCAUUACUCUACUCCUCUUCACCUCAUUACACUCGCCUCAAGGAGUGGGGGACUGGAAGAGCGGGGGACUUAGCGCCUCUGUUAACCAAAGAAGCAGAAAUUCAAAUUUUUGUUCAUGAAGUUUACUCACCAGACGGUGACAGAUCAGCACACAGUUCUACUCUCUUUCGCCUCGAAUACUCUCGACUCAGAGAGUGGGGGACUCCUGAUAGAGUAUAUAGACUCGGACCCCCGGGUCUCACGACUAUUGGGCCCGGACAGCGGCCCACACACAUCUUACGGAUAUCAUUUGUAUUAUUGUACUACUUAUAUGUCAUUUGUAUGUAACUAUGCACUAGAUUAGUCUUUUAUGUAGUUGGGCUACCGGGCCCAUAUUAGUGGCCCGGCCCGUUAUUCCUCUAUUUAUACUCCUUUUGGAGCUUGUAAACCCUAGAUCUCAAUUCAUUAUCAUUCUAUUAUUCAUCUUCUCC